AAUCAACUCACAGUCAUCAAUGGCGAAUCCCGUUAAUGAAGAGAUUUUAAAUUCUCGCUUUUACAGCGUAUUCUUUGCACUGAUUCUUCGCAAAUUCAACUAAACAUAUUAAUUAAAGGUAAUAUACUUGCAUAAUAGAGUUUCUAUGAUUGUCAUGUAAUACAUAAUUCAGGAACAUCGUUUAUUGUAGGUUGCCUGAGAUUAUUGUAUUAGACCGAUGUCUAGGCUUAUUUAUUAAUUAUAAUUCUUUGCUAAUGUAAGGCUUAUGCUCUUUAUAAAUUCAUAAUUUAGGUAGGUCUUGAACCGACAAAUAGUUAAAUAAUUACACUUCAAUGGGCGUGUCAUCAUUCUCACCGAAUCUUAUACAAUUUAUUUUUAUAAACAGGAUGGAGACUUCGAGAGAGAAAAAAAUAUCUCAACUAACAUCGGAUUACAAUAUAGAGCCCGAUUUAGCUCGAGAAAUGCUCAACGCACAUUGUUGGAAUUAUGAAGCUGCAGUGGGUAUUGCGAAGUAUUGCGCUUUUUCUUCAAAACCUAGUGGUACACAGAAGAAUAUUGAAAAAAAUUAUAAUACGGACAAUUUACCCACUCAAAAAAUUCCAAUAGUUGGCGGCGGAAGCGCAUCUUCAAGCUCACCUCUACCCGAAAAGCGUCCAUUAAGAAGAGGUUUUUCGCGUACUAGUGAAAACGAAGCUCUUGUCAGUAAAGCUCAAGACAGAGUGCAAAAAGACUGCAGUAUACACCAAUUACAAGAGACGCCCAUGUACACCUUCGUUAUACCCGAUUUGAGUUGUUAUCCCGAAGAUUUUAGAGCCUUCUUGCACAAACAACUAAUCGAAACAUCAACACUUGUGACACUAGAACAAGCUGGUCGUCUUAAUUGGUGGGCUGAUACUGGAGCUUGUCAGAGACUAAUGCCCCUAGCCACGAUAGGAGAUGGUAAUUGCUUGCUACAUGCUGCAUCGCUUGGAAUGUGGGGAUUUCAAGAUAGGAAAUUAAUGUUACGAAAAGCAGUAUAUAACAUGCUAGUAAAUACAAAAAAAGAAGAUACUUUAUAUCGAAGAUGGCGCUGGCAUCAAGCAAUGAUAAAUAAACAGUCAGGACUAAUUUACUCGGAGAAAGAGUGGAAUAUUGAAUGGCAGAAUCUUUUAAAACUCGCCUCGGAUGUUCCACGAUCACAAAAUCCACCUGCAUCGAGAAUUAGUUGCUGUCAGAGUCCGGCUACUAAGGGCUUGAUGGAAAGGCAUGCUAUAGAUGAAGAAGUUUUCUAUGAGUCAUUGGAAGAGUUCCACGUGUUUGUCUUAGCUCAUGUCGUCAAAAGGCCUAUAAUUGUUGUAGCCGACACAGUUUUGAAGGAUACCAAAGGAGAAGCUCUUGCUCCUAUCCCUUUUGGUGGCAUUUAUCUACCUCUUCAAGUUGAUGUUCGACAUUGUUAUAGGAGUCCUCUCAUUCUCACGUAUGAUUCAUCUCAUUUCUCUGCAUUGUUGGCAGUCAAUGAAGGCUAUAACGAUGCCGAAAGUGGCUUCUACUCAACUGUGCCAUCAUCAAGCGCCUCUGUUGCGUCUAGUGAAGAUAAACCUCCUGCAGUCAUACCUAUUGUUGAUCCCGAAUUUAAGUUACAACCUAUCCACUUUACAGUCGAUCCUGGUUCCAACUACUCUUGGGGGAAAGACAUUGAUAUUAAAUCGGGAGAAACCGAUGAGGGGAAGUUAAAUUUAAUAAAGAAGUAUCUAGAUAUCGUUGCUGUUCCGAUUCCUCGACCGUCUUCCAUGAACGGUGAUAGUUCAACGCCUAGGUCGGAUUCGGAAUCUGCGGAAUCAGAGGAACUUAAUUCUUUACAUAUAACAAGUUCAUUGCCUUCCGGUGCAAUUAUAAACAACAUAUCGGGGCAAGAAUACACACAGCAAUCAACUGAAAAGGAGAAAGCGAAAGUUGGAAAGCAAAUGCAAAAUGUAGCUAAAUCUUUUGGUAACAUUAGUAAAACAGUGGGUAAAAAGAUAAAAAAAGGUUUUGGUGGCUUAAGGAGAAGUCGGAAAAAGAAAAUGACAGAUUUAGCUAACAACAGGAGGGUUUCUGUCGGUUCUGUUACACAAACAACGAAAAUGCAACCGGUAACUGCUAAGAUGCUCAGUGAAAGGGAUUCAAUAAUGUGUGCAAAAUUAAAUAUUGUGAGGGCGGAUUAUUACGAUAAAAUGAUUGAAAAUUAUAUUGCUUCUAAGAAGGAAGUUUUUGCCAUAGAAAAAGAGCAUUUCAAGCAAAGAGAAGCAGAAUUAAAAGAAAGAACUGCCAAACAUGUAGUUGAUACAACGGAUAGUAUCAAUGCCAAUAAAGAAUUAUCCAGGGGUAAGUGUAUAAACGGUUGCAAUAAAGUAGUCUGCCAGAAUACAUAUCUCUGUCUCGAGUGUUUCGAAAAGCAAAAAUUAGACUUAUUAAACAUCGAACAAUCACAUCCAAACUCACCUUCAACUAUGAAACGAACAGAAGAAUCUCAAAUUACGAAAAAUCCUACAAAUAUUCCUAUUAAACACGAAUUUACUCCAGCAACAAAUCCUAGAAAUGUUGGAAAAUCAACAUUCUAUCAGCCUGUUUCAGGAGCACAUGAAAUGAAAUCCAAUGUAAUUAUGGAUCCUAAAAAAUUCAACUCACUACCUCCUAUUCAUCGAGCGAAAUAUCUGCAAAGUACAGAGAACGAAGAUAACUUUUUCACAAAAUUCAACGAUUUCGCUCCAUUUGAGGAUAGUAGGAGACAAGAAGAACGGUGCAAGAAUCCGGAUUGCGAAUUCUAUGGUUCUGUUCAAACAGACUUUUAUUGUUCAACCUGUUUUAAGACAAAGUCGUCCUACAGAAAUAUUCAACUUUAA